UGCCUUUUCCCUCCCCGCCUGCGCGGCCGCCUCAGUUAUCAUGGCGGCUCCCUUGGCCCUGGUGCUUGUGGUGGCCGUGACCGUGCGGGCGGCUUUGUUUCGUUCCAGUCUGGCCGAAUUCAUUUCCGAGCGGGUGGAGGUGGUGUCCCCAUUGAACUCUUGGAAGAGAGUCGUUGAAGGCCUUUCCCUGUUGGAUUUGGGAGUGUCUCCGUAUUCUGGAGCAGUGUUUCAUGAAACUCCGUUGAUAAUAUACCUCUUCCAUUUCCUAAUUGACUAUGCUGAAUUGGUAUUUAUGAUAACAGAUGCCCUCACUGCUGUUGCCCUGUAUUUUGCAAUCCAGGACUUCAAUAAAGUUGUGUUUAAAAAGCAGAAACUCCUCCUAGAACUGGACCAGUAUGCCCCAGAUGUGGCUGAACUCAUCCGAACCCCCAUGGAAAUGCGAUACAUUCCCCUGAAAGUGGCCCUGUUCUAUCUCCUAAAUCCCUACACGAUCUUGUCUUGUGUUGCCAAAUCUACCUGCGCCAUCAACAAUACCCUUAUUGCGCUCUUCAUCUUGACCACAAUAAAAGGCAGUGCUUUCCUCAGUGCUAUUUUUCUUGCCUUAGCAACAUACCAGUCUCUGUACCCAAUCACCUUGUUUGUCCCAGGACUCCUCUAUCUCCUUCAGCGGCAGUACAUACCUGUGAAAGUGAAAAGCAAAGCCUUCUGGAUCUUUUCUUGGGAGUAUGCCAUGAUGUAUGGAGGAAGCCUAGUGGUCAUCAUUUGCCUCUCCUUCUUCCUUCUCAGCUCCUGGGACUUCAUUCCUGCUGUUUAUGGUUUCAUACUUUCUGUUCCAGAUCUCACUCCAAAUAUUGGUCUUUUCUGGUACUUCUUCGCAGAAAUGUUUGAGCACUUCAGCCUCUUUUUUGUCUGCGUGUUUCAGAUCAAUGUCUUCUUUUACACCGUCCCCUUGGCCAUCAAGUUAAAGGAGCACCCCAUCUUCUUCAUGUUCAUCCAGAUUGCCAUCAUUUCCAUCUUCAAGUCCUAUCCAACAGUUGGGGAUGUGGCACUCUACAUGGCUUUCUUCCCUGUAUGGAACCAUCUCUACAGAUUCCUGCGGAACAUCUUUGUCCUCGCCUGCAUCAUCAUCAUCUGCUCCUUCCUCUUCCCAGUCCUGUGGCAUCUCUGGAUUUACGCGGGAAGUGCGAACUCUAAUUUCUUUUAUGCCAUCACACUGACCUUCAAUGUUGGACAGAUCCUGCUCAUCUCCGACUACUUCUAUGCCUUCCUGCGACGCGAGUACUACCUCACACACGGUCUCUAUUUGACGGCCAAGGACGGCACAGAAGCCAUGCUUGUGCUCAAGUAGCCCUGCAGGCACAGGGCUGCAAGAACUCAAAGGGUGAAGGGCCAGAAGCUGGGCCAGGUUCCCCAUCCACAGUUGCCAGCAGGCGAAUCCUCAGGCAGAAGAGGUUGAAGUUCAGUCACAGAUCUCUGGCACUAAAGGGGACCCUUUGCUGGCAACAAGCCCCUUGGGGAGCAGCUUGGAGCACCCCAUUUGUACUCCUCUACUUUGUGGUUCUUUACACCAUAGAGUCUUCUCCAAAAUGAAAGGGGGAAACAGCAGGUGAGAAGAGCUUGACAGUUUGUGACUACUUAAUAAAUGUUUUUUUUGUUAUGAA